GAGGGGAGGGGAGUGAACGCCCCGAAACAACGGGAGCAGAGUGGGGUUUUUUUUUUAGGAGGAAGGAAGCUGGAGAAGAGUUGAACAUAUAAAGUUUUGCGCACAGUUACGCACACUCCUAGACCGCCUCCGUCGCCGCUUUAGCGCAGCGACAGAUCUGCCUCUCUCCUUGUCGCAGCCGAACAGUUUGUGCUGUCCAAUGAAUGGAGUUGCUUUUUGCCUUGUUGGAAUACCACCCUACUCUGAGAACCACGCAAAGCGCAGCAUAUCCAGAGGGUACGGUCUCUGUGAGGAUGUCGGCCGGUCGAGUUGAUACUUGUCCUCGCCGUGCGGCAGGUGAAACCAGUCUAACCUCACUGGUAACGGAUGUGCUGAGUUUUUCUUCCCAACGGCGACGAGCACUGGAGGGAAAAGUCGUCGGCAACAACAUGGUCACCUGUCUGCCGCUCUCCCGUGUAUCCUGGACACCUGGCUGUUUGGCUAAGGGUCGGAGGGAUGGUCUCUCCUCAGCCGGUGACAACCCUCGGCCGCCGAUGGCGACCCGGUCGGGAAGGGAGGGGGUCGGCAUGGGCUGGAAGGGUCCCCGGACGCUGGUCCUCCGCAAGAACUCCCAGGGUUUUGGGUUCACGCUGCGCCACUUCAUCGUUUACCCUCCAGAGUCCACCCUGCACACCAACCUCAAGGAUGAGGAGAAUGGAAAUGGAAAGGGGUAUCAGAAAGGUCGCCUGGAGCCGAUGGACACCAUAUUUGUGAAGAACGUGCGGGAGAAAGGUCCGGCCCACCAGGCGGGCUUAUGCACAGGGGAUCGGCUGGUGAAAGUGAACGGCGAGAGUGUUUUAGGGAAGACGUACUCGCAGGUGAUCGCCCUCAUUCAGAACAGUGAGAGCGUGCUGGAGCUCUCCAUCAUGCCAAAAGAUGAAGAUGUGCUUCAGUUGGUAAGUGCGUACUCCCAGGAUGCCUACCUGACAGGCAACGAAUCCUAUUCAGGGGGAGCUGAGCACCUCCCACCCCCACCGCCCCUCUGUUACCCACGCACCAAGACCACCACCCCUGCUGGAGCCCCUCCACCUACGCCCAUGGGCCAGAACCAGCUGGAUAACUGGAGUCGCUGGCCAGGCUCUUCCAGCCCCUCUUCACCCCUGGAUAACCACUCGGCUUUGGGCAGCCCCGCCAGCUGGCAGGAGGGGCGGGCGGGAGAGCCUGGAGGUGUGGGUCACAGCAGCCCAGCCCACCGCACAGAGGAGAUCCAGUAUGGUAUGACCAGCAAGCAGCCUCAGGGCCAGACCAGGGGGCGCUCUUACUCUUCCUCUUCCUCGUCAGGAGGCCCCUUGUCCAGCCCGCUCCAAGUCCACUACCCCAACCACCACGCUGUCAGUCCCCCUCAGCCCCAACCACGGAAGUCCAGCUCGGCCUGGACCAGUCCUCCCCUGCCACAGCUCAGCCACGGUCAAAACGAGCGCUGCCAGCAGGCGCUCACUGACUGGUUCUACAGCCAGCGGCCUGAGCACUCAGGACGCUGCAUGCAGACGCGCCACCGCAGCUACUCUCAGGACCGACUCAGUGAAACAAGGAGGCAGCAGCAGCGGUCAGGUGGCUGGCCGCACAGUGCCUCCCAGGACACUCUGCUGUUAUUGCAGCAGCAGUCAGGACCAGGACCCCACGGAGAGCCGUGCUGGUCAUAUGGAGACUGGGAGGGGGGCCCGGGUAGGGGUCCCCCUGGCACUAACUAUACUCGAACUCGCUCGGAAAACCUUCUGGCCCAGUACGAUCGCCAUGGCCGCUCGUUAGAGAUGCUGGACCGAACAGCAGCUGGAGUGGUCUCACCUCGGUUUGAGAGGCCGUCAUGGCACCAACAGGCUCCACAGCCGCCCCCCAGGACUGAUGCUUACCCAAGACAGGGGGGACAUUUUGUUGCGUCACAAGCUCCUCUGGUACCACGACACACACAGUCACAUUCUAAACACCACCCACAGCCACAUACCCAGGCCCACUUGCAGCCCCAGGCCCAACAAGCUGCCCCCCAGACCAGGCGGCUCCCCACUGGGCAGAGCAUGGACGACCAGCCGGUGGGCUACCGCAGCUACAGCCCCUCUUUUUACCGCAAGACAGGCCGCAUCAUGCAGCAAGCCCACUCUUUCAGGGACCCCUCAUACUCUGGCCCUCACUUGAACUGGAACUCAACACCUAAAACCAGCCCCCCAGAGGUCACAGCGGCACCCAUCACCUCCUCUACGGCCUCUCCCCUUGCCUCCGCCACUCCCGAAUCCCAGGAUAGAGCUUACAGGCCGACGAACCACGAGAGGGAACGAGGGUCGGUGGAGGGGGAGACGGAGGUGGUGCCACAGACCCAGGAAGUUGUGUUGAGGCAGAAACCUCCGACCGGGCGGAGGAACGCCCACGGCUUGCGUCAUCCCCACUACGCACUGCCCAUGGACGGGCUGGAACCCUCUUUGUUUUCCACAGAUCCUCAGGACCCCGCUCCUGGUUCCUCAGGAGACGUGGCCCCGCGCAAACCAAACGGCAACCUCGCCCCGCUCUCCAUAGAGGAUGACUCUCUGGCCUCCAUCCCCUUCAUUGGCAGUAUUAAAUCCAGUCGCCGUUCCUCCUAUCUUCUAGCCAUCACCACGGAGCGCUCCAAGUCAUGCGACGAAGGACUCAACACGUUCAGGGAGGAAGGCCGGGUCUUCUCGAGGCUACCAAAGAGAGUGAAGAGUUUCUUCACCGACGGGUCACUGGACAACCUAGGGACAGCAGAGGAGGUUCGAUCUAAACGUCACUCCACCUCCGAGCUGGGAAACAUCACCUACAGCGACGUGCGGCGAGAAGGAUGGCUGCACUACAAACAGAUCCUCACCGAGAAGGGCAAGAAGGUGGGCAGCGGCAUGCGUCCGUGGAAGCGAGUCUUUUCGAUACUUCGCUCCCAUUCGCUGUUCCUCUACAAGGACAAGAGGGAGGCGGUGCUCCGCGGGGCCACGAUCGGGGGCUCGGCGGAGGACGACCAGCCUAUCAGCAUCCGGGGCUGCCUGGUGGACAUCGCAUACAGUGAGACCAAACGAAAACACGCCCUGCGACUGACCACGCAGGACUUCUGUGAGUACCUGCUGCAGGCGGAGGACCGGGAGGAAAUGCUGGACUGGAUAAAGGUCAUCAGGGAAAACAGCAAGACAGACAGCGAGGAGCUUGGAUUUUCCAGACAGGCCCUCAUCAAUAAAAAACUGAAUGAUUACAGAAAACAAACUCCGACAGGCAGCAAGCCAGACUCGUCUCCCAGGAUGGCUCGCAUGAAGCCUCCCUUCCUGCUCAACAAGACGGAGAACGCCGCCGCAGCGCCACGCUCCCCCAAACAAGAUGGCAAAGAUGAGAGCAGCCCGCCAAAGUCUCCGUGGGGCAUCAACAUCAUGAAGAAAACAAAGAAGGCCGGGCCCAAAGCUUUCGGUGUGAGGCUGGAGGAUUGUCAGCCGGGUGUAAUUAACAAGUUCAUCCCAUUGAUCGUGGAGAUCUGCUGCGGCCUGGUGGAGGAGAUGGGUCUGGAAUACACCGGAAUCUACAGGGUCCCAGGGAAUAACGCCGUCGUGUCGAUGCUUCAGGAUCAGCUCAACAAGGGCGAUCAGAUCAACCCUGCAGAGGAGAAGUGGCAGGACUUGAACGUCGUCAGCAGUUUACUCAAAUCCUUCUUCAGGAAACUCCCGGAGCCGCUCUUCACCAACGACAAGUACAACGACUUUAUCGAUGCCAAUCGGAUGGACAAUGCAACUGACAGAUUAAAGACUAUGAAGAAACUGAUCCGAGACCUUCCUGAUUAUUAUUUCCACACUCUGAAGUUCCUGGUUGGUCACCUGAAGACGGUGGCAGACAGCGCAGAUAAAAACAAGAUGGAGCCUCGUAACCUGGCGCUGGUGUUCGGGCCGACGCUGGUUCGGACGUCUGAGGACAACAUGAAAGACAUGGUCACACACAUGCCUGACCGCUACAAGAUAGUCGAGACGCUCAUCCAGCAUUACAUCUGGUUUUUCACUGACGAACUAGACAAGGACGAAAAGACGCCUGUGGACACGGAGGACGUGCAGCCUGUCCCCAACAUCGACCACCUGCUGCCCAACAUCGGCAGGACCGCUCUGCUCGGAGAGGCCUCAGACUCAACCAACAGUGACUCAGCUAAAUCGAAGGGGUCGUGGGGGUCAAAGAAGGACCUCACAGCAAAGGAUUUCCUGACUCUGUCCAUCAUGUCAGCUGUAUCAGGCCGCAAGCGCAGAAAGCGGCAUAACGGCCGCCGCGUGGGCAGCAGCACCGACGACGACUCAGAGCACGAGCCAAUCAAAGCCGGACAUCUAGGGGCAGAGGAGGGAGAGGAGGCGGCGUCUCCUGCAGGGGACACUGCUCCUCGGGCAGAGGCAGAGGAAGAUGACGAUGAUGAGGAAGAAGAAGAAGAGGAAGAUGAGGAAGUUGUAGAAUGCGGAGUGAAAGCGGAGGUAGAACAAGAGGUGGUGGCGGUUAUUCCCAGUCGGCCGUGCUGCAAAGAGGAAGAGGAUGCAGGAGGAAGACAGGCAGUGAUACUGCUGCAGGAGGAGGAGGCCAGGGCAGAGGUUAAAGGGCCGGCAUGGCGAUCGCCGGAGGAUGCACGCUCCAUUGUUUCCGGUUACUCCACCCUCUCCACCUUAGGGCGCAGCCUGGGGUCCGAGGGGAGGGGGGACGAUGCUGAUGACGAGAACAGCGAGCUGGUGAGCGAGACGGACAACGAGAGCGGCUUUGCCUCGCGCUCCCUCACCCAGGAGAGACCCGACAAACACGCAAACACACCCGUGAACACACAACCACCAGCAGCCCAGCGCAGCUUCCUCUACACACACUACAAGCCCCCGGUUCUCUCACCAACAAACCUGCUCGCCCCGCCCACACCGCUCACACAUACACCAGACUCUGCGGAGAGGAGUGAAGGAGGAGCGCGUUCCACCACGCCCUCGUCCUCCUCCUUCUCCUCCUCCUCCACCACUCACAGACUGCACUCGCGGCCUUCCUUUAACUCCCACAAGCUGAUCCAGUGUGACACUCUUGCCAGGAAGAAGAUGAAGUCGGAGAAGUCAAAGGCUCGCUCCCUGGACAUGACGGAGCUGGCCGAGGCCUCCGCCCAGGGCGACGGGGCCGGCUCUGGGUCGGACGGUGCGCCCAGAUUGAGGAGGGAUACAACCAGAACCAACCCCUCCUCAGGCAGCAGUCAAGAGAGCCUGCGCCCGGCCCGGCCCAAAACUGCUCUGCCGCCCUGCGAGGCCGCCUCCUUCACCCCGACCGGCCCUGGCGGCAGGUCCCUGGCUGAGCAGGUUCGCGCUCGCCUGCUGGGAUCCGCCGACGACCUGCGCAGCGUGGGACUGCGAAAACCGCUCUCACCUGAGACGCGGAGGAAGAGACGGGCCUGGCGCAGACACACCGUGGUGGCCUCCCCGACUGAGACGUCUGACAAGAGACCCACUAUGAUUUUCAAUGACUUUCCCCUGUCUCCUAUCAAUCAAAACCAGGUCAAAUCACCAGGGCUGCCUCGGGAUGCAGACGUUCUCGAACAAGAACCUGCUGCACGUCAAGUACCCACCUCAAGAUUCCACCAGUACCUGUGAGCCUUGCCAGGUAACACCAACCUCCACUCCAAGAAAAGGCUUCUGGGGGGCUGGGGCCCAGCCAAGCUGCAGACCCCCCCCCCUGCAGGUCAUUAGACCCCAGCAGCAGCGUGAACAGUGUUGUGGUUAGUUGCCCGGUGCAACACGGUGAACCAAUGAAACGGUCCGUCAGAGCAGCCCACCCUUUUUCUUUUUGAUAAGCUCCGUUUGCAUGGCGAGGGGCAUUCGGGUGUUGCCAAAGCUUUUGUUUUCUCUCUUUCCUAUAUGUGUGCUUUUAUAGAAAAUAAACAGGAACAGGGCAGAGACACAAACAGACCUCAUCACAAUCAAUGUCACAGCCAAGAAUUCUCAUGUGAGCAACCACCGAGCGUCCUUCCCGUCUUCUCUUCCUUCCAGCCUGGCUCACAGACGUAAACAUAGGGUUAAAACCCCUUCAAGGGACCAGAGGAGGGUUCGGAAACGCGACCUUCCUGUGUCUCUUGAGAAAAAUGGUGCUUCUUAUCAAGUGGAAUUACAAAAUUUCUCCCAAACAAACGUCUGUGAGCCAGAAGAAUUAAUAGUCAGGUUAAAACAAUUUCAAGAGGGAUGUCAAUUGAUCUUUUCAUAUCAGUCUUCCUUAUCUGUUACUCCCCAGACCACACACACUGUUAAUCUCCAAACUACACACACAUUAGGUCAGAGACACAAAGUACACUCCUCUCUCUCUCUCUCUCUCUCUCUCUCUCUCUCUCUCUCUCUCUCUCUCUCUCUCUCUCUCUCUCUCUCUCUCUCUCUCUCUCUAUGUGUUUAUAAUGUUUUUGCGCAACAAUAUUCGUGAUGAUGUCCGAGCGUGCAGGUGUUUGUGUGGAACAAUUUUGUAACAUUUGUACAAAGCCUUGUUAAGUUAACCUUGUAAAUAUAAAUAUUAUGUUAUCAAAUUUGUUUUCACUUUUUUUAGUUCUUUUUUUAUGGUUUACAAAACAAAACGUGCGUACAAAGUGCACAGUCAUUUCUUUCAAGAUGUUACUUGAAAAUGUUUCCCUUAAUAUAUAAUUUUUUUGUUUUAUAUUCUCUCUAUAUAUAUAUUAUAUAUAUAUAUAUUUUGUAUUAAAGUGAAAAAAGUACUUUUAUUGUGAUUUCACCUCUUGGGUGUACCUGUUCCAAGGAGACGAGAUAAACACGACUAACCCUGUUCCUUAUUUCCUCAUUGAUGGCCUUUCUCUCUGACUCUCAGCACUGCAGACAACUUUUAUCUUGAUUAAGUCUUAGAAAUAAGUUUAUCUGGGGACUUUAUAUUCAGCAGUGUUGCAUCAACAUGUAGCAAGAUAAAAACAAUGUAAUCUGUUAAUUAUUACACCAUAUUGGACAGUUUGCAGGCAGCUCAGAGCCACACUGUGACAACUGACCUCAUUAUUUGUUUUUGAUAUUCGUGUCUGGGUUUACUGAGCAUUGCCUUCACUGAUCUGCUCAUAUAUACUGAGCUCGAGACAAAGUAUAUCCCCUCUUGUGAUAAAAGCCGGAGGGGAGGCCUGGCCGUGUUUAACAGACUGUUAAAAUAUUAUGUGGUGCGUAGAAACGGCUACAUUUUCACUGUGUUUCAUCACAUCCCCUCUGAGGGUUCGUCCGUCUGCACUUUUAUUACAUUGAGGUUAGAUGACCGGGGACUUUUCCACAAGGUCAGGCUCUAAUAAAUCCUCCCUGACUGUGGAAGCGGUGCAUUCGAGGAAAUGAACACAGAACACCUGCUAACAAUCUUAUAGCCUUUAUCCCUCGUUUCAGAGCCUACGUGCCAACAGAAAACAACACAAGCAGGAGGCACAGCUCCCAAAGUCACCAGAGUCUCGCUUGUUUUCAUCAGACCAAAAGAAAAAACCCCAGUGAAAACUAAAAUAAUAAUAAUGAUAAUAAUAAUAAUGAUAAGUUAUAGUCUUGUCUUACCUCAAGAUAUUUUCGACAAGUGCCUGAUUGUUUCUGGAAUGUGUUUUCUUUCUGCAGUGCCAUGCUCAGUUCCUAUCUGUCCGUUUGCUUUUGUUGUGUCCGGCUCUCCUCCCUCCUCUCCUGUGGUGGACGGUUUCACUGAGGCACCGACCCAAAGAAUAUGUGCAUCAAAUACAAGCGGUCUUACUGAGAGGAAAUUUAAAAGGAAGAAGCACACUUCACGCCAAGGACAUGUCUAUGCACUCUCUUUGUCUUUAACACAGGCAUCACACAGCUAUUGCUGAUGCUGCUCAGAGGGAGGAGGUGUGGUUUUCUCUCAGCCGCUGUUUCCCUUAACAAACUGAGGCUCUCUCUUUGCCCAGUGAUCCACAGUGUGUGAAUAUGGUACACCUAACAGAAACUCCCUUAGGUCAGAACAGACAACAUCCCAUCGUCCUACAGACGAACCAACAGAACACUUCAUCAACUCAGCUGGUGUGUGUUGUCUGAACUGUGAUCCCCCUCAUGUCUCCUUGUGUUUUUAAAAUAUUUUGUACAUACUAUCUUCAUAUGUAACAUACUGUAUUGUGUACAUUUGGAAUUGCUUUUUGAGUAUAACUAAUAUGAAAAUGACUGGACUUUUUAAAUAAAAGGUUGUCCGCCUGAAACCAUUUCCCCUCAUGGCUGUGUGCUUUAAAGCAAGGUUAUAUGAUGUAAAUAAACAGAACUAUGUUUAAAAAAAAAGAAAAGAUAA